AUGGGAAACAUCUUUGCCACCUGUUUUACCUGUAAACAAAAGAGUGGUUCUUCAGCUGACAGAAUCAGUGAUCUCCCAGAUGAUAUAUUGCAUGUCAUACUCUCAUUCUUACCUUUCAAAUCCGUUGGGCAAACAGCUAUCUUAUCUCGAAGAUGGAAUGAUGUAUGGUCUUCCUAUCCCAUCAUCGACUUCUACGAGAUUUUUACUGGUAGUGAAGCUGAUCAUCACCAGACAAAAACAAGGAUCAUCAACACAAUAUUAGCUCGCCAUGAAGAAAACUAUAAUAUACUGUACCCAUGCCGCAAAAUUUCCUUGCCAAGAGUGGGGGGGGAUCCGAACAAAUCUUGUUUGUCAAGGGUUGAGGAACUUGUACUCGACAUCAGGUUGAGUUCUGGAAACACAUCUGAUUUGCAUCAAUGUCAACUCAUGUGCCACUCAUUAAGGAGUAGUAGCUGUGGGAAUUCAAAGGCAUGGCUAGGGUUUCCCUCGUCUUAUGUUGUCGGGUCUUAUCUCCGUUCACUUCAUACUUUGUCUCUAACUCGUGUGGAUUUCUUGGAUAGUAGUGCUUUGGGUGUGGAUUUAUUUUCUGGUUCUUCAUUCCCUUAUCUUGAAAAGUUGAACUUAGAGCGCUGUAGAGGAAGGAGUGAUCUCAAAAUUUGCUGUCCAAACCUAAAACAUAUAAGGGUAUUUGAUAUGGAAUUAAAUAGUCUGGACAUCUCCGGAAUGAGACUGGAGGAGUUGCGAGUCUGGUUUUGUUUUCAAGAGUGCAUCAAUGGAAGUUGGAUCAACAUUUUUGCACCGAAUCUACAAUCAUUUUUUUGGCGUUAUUCAGGCAUUACUGAGAGGUGUUCGAUCCAGAGCUUUCCUAUGCUCAAAAGAUCUUUCAUAAGUUCCCCCCUUACAACGAAGAAGAUAAAUAAUAACAGUGUUGUCGAUGUUCUUUCCGCUUCAUCCCAAGUUGAAGACUUCGAAAUAUCCCAUGACUACCUCCAGAUUCUAUCAGAAAUAUAUUUUGAAUUCGGCGGUCUACCGUUCUCAUUUAUGAAACUGAAAACCUUGAGAAUUUGGAGUCCAAUAAAGCAAAGAUAUAUCCCAGGUAUGGCAUGCCUGUUCAAGAGCUCUCCCGUGGUCCACACCCUCGAGAUUUAUUUUUACUCUUACGAAGAAAAUGGCAAGUGGAACAACCAAUCCUUGGAUGAUGCCAAUUGCACCCAAGAACAAUACUGGGAGACUCAGGGUCAAUAUUUGAGCCCCUCUCUUAGUCACCUAAAGGUGGUCAGAAUUAGCCUUGGUGAAAUGAUCCCCGAGAGUGCAAUCAAAUUUGCAAAGUUUGUGCUCAAAUAUGGAAGACACCUGCAAAAAAUGAGUGUUAGCUUUCAUAUGAGCAAAAGUUGUCUACCUCCCAAUUCGCUGAGUGAUACCAUUGCUUUAAUAAAGAGUUUCCGCCGGGCAUCUGCAUAUGUCAAAUUCUCAACUCUUUGCUAUUGA